CGCAAGAAGCGGUCGUCCCAUUCACCAAUGGGGCAGCAGCCCGCGGAGGAUGAGCCGUGUGUGCUUCUCACUCCUUCCCGCAUGCCGUCUCGCACUUGCCCGCUUCCAGGACUGCUGCUGCCAUUGCAGUGCGUUGUGGUUGUGGCUGCUGCAGGCAGCGCACCACUUGGAGGGCCAAACCCGUCUCCCUCCCGUCCCUUUUUGGCGGUCCUGGCUUGUCACGUCGCCUGCGGGUUCCAGAGCUGCCCAGAGCUGCCCGCUGCCCGCUGCCUCGUUUUGUAAAUUUGAACUGCACAGCAAAGCAAGCCACCACGCCCGCCCGCCAGCCGUCCCGUUCCCCGUGCCCUACCUUAGUGUAGUUCAUCUACAUUAGGAGCCACAACGUCACGUUUCUGAGCCCGUCCCUCGAGCGGGAAGGGAAGGAGGG